GUUGGUCGUUUUCAAAGUCGGUGCCCAUCGUAGCAUAAAAACUACUGGACCGAUCGAGUUGAACACAUAAUCUGUGCACUAUUAGUCAGGUAGCUCCGUCGAGUUUUCGUAAAAAGUGUUUUAAACUUCAUAAAUCUGCCAUUUUUGGGCUAAUUUUGGUCGUUGUUGGUCGCUUACUCGCGAGUUAUCUUAACGCAGUGUUUGGCAAAAAGGGUUCAAAGAAAAGGACCAGAAUUUAUGAAAGUGCCACACACAUCUGAGCACCUCUCUCCCAUGGGUCGCAUUGGUGUCCUUUUUGAUUACAAGAAGUCGUCCUCGCAACGGUGGUGCGCUCUGUGAUAUCCUGGUCUAGUAUAUCGUCGAAAGAGUGAAACGCUGUUGGGCGGUUUUAGUGCGGCCAGAACACAGAAACCUUCGGUAGCAAAAGUGAAAAACAGUGACUUACAGUAGUGUGAAUGGAGGAGGCGGGUGGUAUUAUGCUGACGGAGAUUCCGGGUGGUUUUAUAACGCACCGGCCGCACUCGAUUGUGGGAGGCCAUCAUCGCUUUGCUCCGUAUCCAGUGGUCCUGCAUCAACCGCACAUCCAUCGCCCAACUGUGACGCCAGCCAUUUACAGCAUACCAUCACAUCAUCACGCACCCCAUCUUGCGGCGCAUCCGAGGACACAUGCCGGAGCCUAUCAUCAGCAUCCAACAUUCCGAUCGGCGCACCGACCACAAAGCCCAGCCACACCACCUGUGGCAACUGUGGAAGAAGGCACCCACAUUGGCCAUCUCUAUCCGGAGAUCCUGGUCCUGAUCUUCGAGCGACUGAGCGUUAGGGACCGCGGACGAGCGGCGCAGGUGUGCACCGUGUGGCGGGAUGCGGCCUAUUCUAAGAGCUGCUGGCGGGGUGUCGAGGCCAGUCUGCAUCUGCGUCGGCCGUCCCCGACGCUCUUUGGUUCGCUUGUUAAACGCGGCAUCAAGCGCGUGCAAAUUCUGUCAGUGCGCCGUGCACUGAAGGACAUCGUGACGGGAGUGCCAAACCUGGAGUCACUCAAUCUAAGCGGUUGCUACAACAUCACCGACGUUGCCAUCGGGAACGCGUUCGCAGGGGACCUUCCCAACUUGAAGGUGCUGGAUUUAUCGCUCUGCAAGCAGGUGACUGAUUCGAGCCUCGGGAGGAUUACACAGCACUUGAAAAACAUCGAGGUUCUGGAGCUGGGUGGAUGCAGCAACAUUACCAACACCGGUCUGCUCCUCAUCUCCUGGGGUUUGAAGAAGCUUCGACGAUUAAACCUUCGCUCCUGUUGGCAUAUUUCGGACCACGGCAUUGGCCAUCUGGCUGGGCUGAGUAAGGAAACCGCAGAUGGAACGCCGGCCCUUGAGUUUCUCGGAUUGCAGGAUUGCCAGCGGCUGUCGGAUGAAGCCCUGCGACACAUUGCCUUGGGGCUGUCCUCGUUGCAAUCGAUUAACUUGAGCUUCUGCGUCUCCGUUACCGAUAGUGGACUGAAGCACCUGGCGCGCAUGUCGUGCUUGAAGGAGCUAAACCUACGCGCCUGUGAUAACAUAUCAGACAUUGGCAUGGCAUACCUGACUGAGGGAUGCAGCGCGAUCGCUACAUUAGACGUUAGCUUUUGUGAUAAGGUCGCAGACCAGGCCAUGGUGCAUAUUUCGCAAGGUUUAUUCCAGCUGCGUUCUUUAAGUCUAAGCGCUUGCCAAAUUACCGACGAGGGUCUAUCUCGUAUCGCAAAGUCUUUGCAUGAUCUCGAAACGCUAAAUAUUGGCCAGUGCAGCCGCAUCACUGAUCGUGGGCUGGAAAUGAUUGCUGAAGAGCUGCUCAACUUACGUGCCAUUGAUCUUUAUGGCUGCACGCGAUUAACGCCCGGUGCCCUAAGGAAGAUAAGUCAACUACCGAGACUAUCCAAGGUUAAUCUUGGACUCUGGCAUGUGCGGUGAUAGGCGGCAGCGCAUAAAUAUUGUCAUCAUACAACCUGCAAAUGGAGAAGAAUUCUGUGUCCGUGGAAGUAGUAGCCGAACGAAAGCUGGAUUCCCUUUUUUAGCACAUUUCUGAUUCAAUUUGCAGCAAUAGUACUCAUUUUAAGCAUUGAAAAGACUUUUAUAAAAUAUGUUGCGAAAGCCGAUUUUGUUAGGUUUACAUGUUUGGCCAAUUUUGUUUUAAGUAGAUAAAUUAAUGUUAUUCUUACGCCUUAUGUUCCACAUCAUUCUCAAAUCGUAAAUAACAGUGGAGAUGUAACUCAUGAUUUGCUUGUUUGUUAAAACUGGACUCUAAAUGUUUGUCUACUACUCUCUAAUAGUUUGUCAGUUUGCCAGAUGCCAGUUCUUUGGUUGUUACAGUAUUACAACAAAAGGGUAUCGCUUCACACCACCAACCCUAAGGAAGCUUCCAUAAGCAAAGAAAAUACUUUGUUCGAACAAACCCUAAAAUAGUGUAUAUGAAACCUGCAGCUGCGUGAUAAUUAAAGAUUCGAGAAUAACUCGGUUUAAGAAAAAUGCGGACAACGCGAAGACAUGGAAUCAUAACAUCAAUAUACCAUGAACCGGUUCUUCAUUACCGGUGUGAGAAGAUAGAUUUUCGACCACACCGAACCUCCAUUUGCUAUGUUAGCAUAACCUAAGAUCACCAUAGACCUACAGAAUAGCUCUAUUAUCAAUGAAGGAAGGCGAAUGCAUCGAAGUCCAGGACAACGACUCUGUAGAGAGAUUCAGUAAAGAGAUUCAGGAUACGCCAAAAAUGAAUGUGUACAAUUAUCUCCGCAAACCUACGCAAACGUAAAUAAGGGAUAUAAAAACAUAAGUUUUUUUGUGUAUGAUAGAAAUGAUGUAAAUAUUAUUACC